CCCCCCCCCCUUGUGUCAUCUUAAAAAGCAAGUGUUCAGUGUCCACUCCGCAUGAUGACAGAAUGGCUCAAAAUGUCGGUAGCGGCUGUCCGCAGUGUCGCCGCCUGGUGGCUGGAAGAGGUAACAGGCUCGUCACCGACGCCUGCGGGCAUGUGAAGUGUCGGUACUGCCUCCUGUCAGAAGAAGAUGGGUGUUGGUCUUGUAAAGCACCACAGGCAGAGGCGGCGGCGGUGGCCGGGCCGUACUGGAGCUGCGAGCAGCUGUGGCCGUCGCGACGUCACGAGGAGGCGGCCGGCGCCGAGCUGGAGCGCAGGCUGGGCCCGCUGCUGGUGCCAGGAUGGCGUGCCCGCAUCCUGGCCCUGGUCGACCUGGAGAAGAGCAGGAGCUCGCAGGAGAAGGACCGCAGCGCCGGCGAGAAGAACAGCUCGGGGCUGACCGCCCGGGUCGACCAGCAGAAAGCCAAGGGCUCAGCGCUGGCGGCCCGGCUCGACCAGGACGAGAGCAAGAGUGCGAAGGCGUCUGCCCCAGUCGACCAGGAGAAGACCGAGCGGCCGGAGUUAGUCGUCCGGGUCGAUGUGGAGAAGAGCGGCAGUUCUGACAUGGCGGGGGACAAGACGUCACUGGCCGAGCCUGAGUCCAGGGCGAAGUCCGGUCACGGCGAAGGUCGGCGCAGCAAGACUCCUGGCUCCAAGAGGGGCAGCUCGCGACGGCUCACUGCCUUCAUGGUGGUCCGCAAGGUGGAGACAGAGGGAUCAAAGCCCGAAUACGAGUGCAUCGAGUGCAAAAAACACUUCACUACAUUCUCCCACUGGAAGAGCCACGUGCGCUGUCGCACGGGCAAGGCUCGCUUCAGCUGCUCUCUGUGCCCUUGGAGAGGGAAUGCAAAGCAGCAUUACAACUAUCACAUGGACAGGCAUAAAGGCACUCCUCCAUCUCACGUAUGCUCAAUCUGCUCGGCCAAGUUUCUACAAAAGUCCACCUUGGACCGCCACAUGGCCACCCACAGCACAGAGGGCGGUCUGCAGUGUGCCGUGUGCUCCACCCGCUUCACCUGCCAGUACAACUACCAGCGGCACCUGCGCACUCACACCGGCGAGAAGCCUUUCUCCUGCCAGCUCUGCGGCCGGGCCUUCUCCGACCAGGGCAACCUCAAGAAGCACAUGCUGAAGCACAAGGAGAGUGCGGAGGAGCGGUGUCCGGUGUGUCCGGAGCCGCGCCUGUACCGCACGCCGGCCACGCUGUCGCAGCACCUGCGCGAGUGCCAUGAUCUGCCGCGGCCGGCGCAGCGCCACAGCUGCUCCACCUGCGGCAAGCACUUCUCCCGCCGCUCCGACCUGCGCAGACACCAGCGCAUCCACACAGAGGAGAAGGAGUUCGGCUGCCCGUACUGCCGUGUGACCAGCCGGCGGGUGGACACACUGGCGCGUCACAUGGCCGCCUCGCACCGGCUCAGUCGGGACGAAGCGCGCGCCAAGAUCCGCCGCUCGGCCGGCAGCCCGGCCGGCAGCCCGGCCGACCACGGGCCCAGCAGCGUCGACCAGCGCUCGGCGCAGCAGCUGACCAGCUCCCAGAACCACCUGCGCCAGCUGAUCGGCAACGCCGCCUUUGAGGGUCUGUCCACCAUGUUCGACAACCUGCGGACCAACGUCGUGGCGUGCAUGUCAGCUCACGGCCGCGCCCAGCGGCCGACGGAAGCGGGGCCGUAG